AUGUUGUUCAAAGCAGUCAUAUCGGUGUUGCUUAUUUUUUCAUUCUAUCUGGUUCUUUUUGCGCAACUGAUCUCUCGAUUUUGGGGAAAUGGUCGGGCUAUUUCUAGCUCUUUGCGUCGAAAAUCGAUCAAGGUAGCUCAAUUUAAGGGUGGGUCCGGAGGAGUAUCCAAGGCGGCUUCGUCAUACAACAAUCAAUCGCUAGACAACAAACCUCCAUCACCCAAGAGCGACGUACCAUCCAUAAUCUUACUCGCCAAACAAAUCUCCGAACUGUCUACACAACUAUCUUCCUGCUUCAACGCAUCUACCUACCCAGAGCCCAACUUCAGCGCCUCUUCCGGAGACGUGCCCAAAACACCACAAUACGAAUCCUUGCGAGCGAGCCUCAACGAUAGCGCUCUAGACCUGCUCCGUCUUGUGAAUGGCCCAAAGAACACGUUACGCACUUAUGCCUUCUCCCAUUAUGACCUCGCGGUGUUGCAGAUUGCAGUUGAGCGAGGCUUCUUCGGACAUAUCCCGCUACAUGGAAGCAUUGACGCGGGGAUGCUUGCAGACAAGGCCAAAAUGGACGAGAAUCGAACAACAAGGCUGUUACGUCUGUUAGCCACGCGACGUAUAUUCGAGGAAGUUGGAAGUGGGAGUGGUGUGUUUAGGCAUACGGCUAUGUCGGCUGUUAUGGCGAGGGAUAGCAAUUUCCAUGCUAUGGUACACAUGCAGAUGGACGAGAUGUUCAAAGCGGCGGCUGAGCUAUCAACACAAAUCGACCGUUCCCCAUACGUCUCAGACAAUGAGAACUCUGCGUUCUAUGCUAAGUUUGGGUUACCGGCAUACGAAUAUUAUGAGCAGAAUCCGCAGAAGGGAGCACGAUUUGCACAGUCAAUGAAUGCAUGGUCACAGUUGGACAGCCAGGUUACAAGGCUAGUGCAUAGCAGCUUCCCAUGGGAGUCUCUAAAAGUCGGCAAAGUAGUUGACAUCGGUGGUGGCUCAGGCCAUAUAUCCAUCGCCCUCGCUCGAGAAUACCCAUCCCUCCGUUUCAUAGUCCAAGACCUCUCGGAGCAAAUGCUCUCCCAAGUCAAAGAAGAAAGCGUAUCAAGCACAGGAGGCCGUGUAACCUUCCAGCGCCACAACUUCUUCGAGCCUCAACCUGUUCACGACGCCAUCAAGAUCACACGGGCUAUCGUCCCGGCCUUGGAGAAAUGUGCCCCGGGUACUCCGCUUUUGUUGAAUGAGGUCAUUUUGCCGGAAAGUGGCUCGGUGUCCCGUCAUAUAGAGCAUCAUUUGCGCCAGGUAGAUGUGACGAUGAUGGUUGUUUUAGGCGCGAAGCAGAGAUCGAGGAGGGAGUUUGAGAAGCUCUUGAAACAGGCAGAUCCACGGUAUGAAGUGGUGAGAACCUUUGAUAAUCCUAUGGGAGUGGGCUUACUAGAAGUUCACCUUAAGGCCCGCUAG